GCGACCGUUUGAGGCCAGAAAAAUAAUAUAAUACCAUCUUAGUCCGUGAUUUUGACAUAUUUUGUUAUGUUCUUAUCAGGCUGUUAUGUUCUUAUCAAAUUUAUCAUCGAGAUUUGAGACUUCAUUUAUUCUGUGCUUGAGUUGCCCUGCUUAUGUUUUUAAUUUUUAUCCCAAACUAUCAAGACAUUUAAAACACAACUACCAGUAGUUAGUAGUUUCACUAGUUCAUAGUUUUAUACACAUUACACAAUUCCAACACAAUCUAAUGAUGAAAUAAAUUUAACGCUUAUUAAUAAAUAAACCAUAAAAACCACGAACUAAGAUAUAAGUAAAAAUGAAUCCAUUAACAAAUAUGAGAAAUGUUAAAAAACUCAGUGAACAAGAAUUGCAACGAUUACCUAAAAGUUCUUGGCAUGAUGAAUAUAAAUCAAGUGCAUGGAUCUUUGUUGGAGGAUUACCUUAUGAUCUUUCUGAAGGCGAUAUUAUGUCUAUAUUUUCUCAAUAUGGAGAAAUCACUAAUCUAAAUUUGGUACGGGAUAAAGACACUGGCAAACAGAAGGGAUUUUGUUUCGUUUGCUAUGAAGACCAAAGAAGUACAAUAUUAGCGGUAGAUAACUUCAAUGGUACACGUGUACUAGGACGAAUAUUACGUGUUGAUCAUGUUAAAGAUUACAAACCUCCAAAAAACUCAGAACCUACCACUAAAAUUAAAACUGAAAAAUUAGAAGAUGAUUUCCAUGUUAAAACAGAAACCAAUGAUGAAAUAAUUUUGCCACAAUUUCAAAGAACAAUUAGCACUCCAGAAAUCAAACGAGAAGUCUGCACUCCAGAAAUAAAACGAGAAGUUUGUACUCCAGAAAUAAUUGAAAGUCCUAAAUAUGAAAGUAGUAAAAAAAAUAAAAAAUCUAAAGAUAAAAAAAGGCACCAUAGUGAUCAAAGAGAAAGGUCUAGAGAAAAAUAUAGAAAAAAACAUAACAAAAGUGAACAAGAUAUAUCUAGUAAGAGAGAGAAAAGUAAUAAACGUCAAAGUCAAGAGAAGGAUGUUGAUAAAAAUUCUAAAACUAAAUCAUCUAAAGAGCACAGUAGAAGAGAUAAAUCAAGUGAAAGAGAUAGAAAGAAGUUGAAAGUCAAUAGAAAAGAAUAUAAUAACAGGGAUUAUGAUGACAAGAAUAAAAGAAAAAAUUAUCAAAAAGAUGACAAGAAUUAUAAAAAAACAAAAAAAGUUUAAAAAUUCUAUAUUUACUAAUGAUUGUAACAUAAACAGUAUUAUUUACCAAGACUGAAGUGGGACAUUCCAAUAACACCAAUAAGUGUUGCUAGAAGAUUUUUAGGUGCAAGUAAAGCACAAUACGUUGCAGCAGCUACCCACAUUAAAU